GUGAAGGGAUCGGAGGUGGUUGGAUUCCACUUUUCCAUCUUGUGUUCCUUUGAUAGGCUGGUCUUCUGUCACAACUGUAAGGAGAGGAACAAGAUGGUGGGUUUUGGGCUAGUCUGUCUGGGAACAUGGUUUCGGGUCAUCACUACAUUCAUAGGAUUGUACCAAAUGAAUGAACAGAAAACAACACCGUUCACUUUUGGUGUGACGGCGUUGGUCAUCAGCGGUAUUCUGAUAAUGAUGGUCGCUGUUCUCGGCAAUCAUGGCGCAUGUAGCCACAAAAAAUCUGCUCUUAAUGUGUUUUCUGGCCUGCUGUCCUUUCUGAUCAUCAUAAACAUCGCAGUAGGAGUGACGGCCUUUAUGUGGCGUGGAGAAAUGUCAGACAGGUUGGGAAAUUUCUACACCAAGAUCUACACUCAGUAUCCGCACACCAGGCGUAAUAAUGAAACCAUGGUUCUCAAACUAUUCCACAAAACUUUAGACUGCUGUGGCAUUGGUGAACCGAUUGAACAGUUUGUGCUUGACACCUGUCCAGAAGGCAACAUCCCGAAGCAGAUCCCAUUUAAUCGCUGUCCCAGAGUGAUCCAGGACAUGUUCAACUCCAACGCGCCUCUGGUGUUGUGUGGGUUUCUAGGGAUGGCUGGAAUCAUGAUGGUGGCACUGGUGUGCAGUGUCGUCCUCAGCAGACACAUCUCACAGUCUCCCGCAUCUCCUUCUGAAAAUGGAUCCCAGUGGGAAGCUAUACAUAGGCAAUGUAUUCAGAAUUUGUGUCGUGAUUUGUUGAGCAGCUGAUGGUUUCAUGGUUUAUCAUGGUUUUUCCCAGGCUGGGCCUUUACAAGACUCAUAAUGCAUGAAAUAAUUAUAGAACAACU